AAACUGCGAGAUGAGAGUUUAGAUCCAAAAACAACCUGCAAUGUAUAAAAAUCUAGUUUCUUUCCGGUUCGAUUCCUGUGCUGUGAAUCCGUGAAUGAAGCCAUUUAUCCUUUUUCGCCAGAAACGCCAAGGUCCCCAUAAUAGCCCGUGACCACUCUCGUGAGCUGCUGAGCUUGCCUUCCAAAUUCAUUCCAAUUCCCACUAAUCUCCAUAUCCCAUUACCCUCAAUCGCAAUCCAUCACCGCUAUAAAUACCCCACUACAAUGACACCACUUGCCCAUCACAAAAGACCCACGAGAUUUUCACUCUCCAACUACGGCUUUUUAUCCAUUUCCAUGGCUUCUCUGCUCGCCUUUUCCGUCCUCACUCUCUUUCUCCUUCUCUCCUCCUCCUCCUCCUCCUCCUUUGGCAUUCCCAGAAACCACCGUCCCAAAUCAAAACCACUCCCAGUCCCCACUUCUGCGCCACCUGAGAUCCUCCAGGCUUGUAAAGCCACCAGAUUCCCAGAUAUCUGCGCAUCAUCUUUGUCCGAUCCCAAACAUGUCCCUCCUAACCCAACUUCCCUACAAAUCAUCCAAUCGGCGAUUUCUAUCUCCGCUGCUAAUCUCGAAAAUGCCCUAUCAAUGGUCAAGUCCAUUCUAGCCAACUCCGCUGGUAAUGCAAACCGCACGAUCGCAGCUAAAAACUGCUUAGAGCAACUCGGUAAUUCCGCGUAUCGUAUCUCAUCCACGGUCGAUGCUAUGCCACGUGGCAGAAAUAAGGACGGGAGAGCUUGGAUGGGUGCUGCUCUGGUUUAUCAGUAUGAUUGCUGGAAUAAUUUCAAGUACGCAAAUGACUCGUCGCAGACAAGUGAAACGAUGGCGUUUUUGGAUACAUUGCAAAUGAUAACCAGCAAUGCUUUGAGCAUGCUUAUGGCUUACGACGUAUACGGGCAGCAAACCGCGUCGUGGACACCACCGAAGACGGAGCGAGACGGGUUUUGGGAAGGUUCCGGGUCGGGCGGUGAUAUGGGUUUCCGUGGUGGGUUCCCGUCGAAGUUAACAGCGGAUGUUACAGUUUGUAAGGAUGGGAGUGGCGGGUGUUAUAAAACAGUGCAGGAGGCUGUAAAUGCGGCGCCGGAUAAUCAAGUGGGCAAAAAGUUUGUCGUGUACAUAAAGGCAGGGGUUUAUAGCGAGAUCGUUAGGAUUCCGUUAGAGAAGAAGAAUGUUGUGUUUGUGGGAGAUGGGAUGGGCAAAACGGUCGUCACAGGAUCGUUGACUGUGGGUCAACCUGGUAUUUCUACUUACAACACGGCCACCGUUGCGGUUCUUGGUGAUGGGUUCAUGGCUAGUGGUAUAACAUUCCAAAAUGCAGCAGGACCUCCUACCCACCAAGCAGUGGCGUUUAGAUCAGACAGUGAUCUGUCAUAUAUUGAGAACUGUGAAUUCCUAGGCAAUCAAGAUACUUUGUAUGCACAUUCUCUUCGCCAAUUCUAUAAAUCAUGUCGCAUUCAGGGCAAUGUAGAUUUCAUCUUUGGAAACUCAGCUGCAGUUUUUCAAGAUUGCCAAAUCUUAGUGAGUCCCAGGCAAGAAAAGCCAGACAAGGGAGAAAACAAUGCUGUCACAGCACACGGAAGGAGAGACCCUGCCCAACCAACAGGUUUUGUUUUUCAAAAUUGUUCCAUCAAUGGCACUGCAGAAUAUAUGGCAUUAUACUAUAGCAAACCUAAAGUUCACAAGAAUUUCUUGGGAAGGCCUUGGAAAGAAUACUCAAGAGUUGUUUACAUAAACUGUUAUUUUGAAGCUCUUAUAACAGCACAAGGAUGGCUGCCUUGGAGUGGUGAUUUCGCACUGAGCACACUAUACUAUGGAGAGUUUAAGAAUUCUGGGCCAGGAUCUAGUUUAUCUCAGCGAGUAACCUGGAGUAGUCAGAUUCCGGCAGAGCAUGUAAACGCUUAUUCAGUUCAGAAUUUCAUUCAAGGAGAUGAAUGGAUGCCAACAUCUUCUUGAUUUUUGAAAAUUCAAUGUGGUCAUAAUUAUAAUCUUGUAUAUUGACCUUGAUUAUAUGCUGCAGUACAUUUCUUAGUACUUGUAAAAUCAUCUAAUUUGAUGUUGAAUGUGGAGAUUGAUUACAGAAAGCUGAACUUAGCUUGGUUGCAGAUGCACCCAUCAAUUUAGAUAAUAUCUCAAGUUCGAAUUCUC